UUCAAUUAUCAAAUAUCGAAAUGUGACAGACUGUGAGGGAAAUUUUUAGUUAAAGUUUUUACGAAUUAUUAUCAAAAUGUACAAAGGCUUUACGCGGAUAUUAGCUCUUCAUUGCGCAGAAAAAACUCAGCCGUGUAUAUCUCCGUUUCUAAGAAGCAAUACCCUUUGUAUCCGUAAAAGCAGACCGGAGAGUAUAGGUUAUAUUUUUAUGAGAACCAAAAAACACGAUCGUACCAAUCCUUCUAGUUUAUUUGUCCCCGUGCCUGUAAAACCUAAUCCUGAUGACAUAAAUAUUGGAGAAGAGCUCACUGGCCGUCUCAAAAAGCAAGACUUGCUCAAAAUCCUCAACAGAUUUUACCAGAAAGCUGAAAUCAGAGCGUUAGCGUCAGAAAAUGGAUUGGACGACCAGUUAUUACAUCAGGCAUUUCUGUCCUUUAGAAGACAUUGUUUGGAACAUGACUUGCCACCAGAUUUGCACAUAACUAUAAGUGAUAUUUUGCAAGGUGCUGGACAUGUUGAUGAUUUGUUUCCUUAUUUUCUACGACAUGCUAGAUUAGCUUUUCCCCACCUUGACUGUUUAGAGGACUUGAAAAAGAUAUCAGAUCUAAGGACACCUGCUAACUGGUACCCAGAGGCUCGGAAUAUGAACAGAAAAAUUGUGUUCCAUGCAGGUCCCACAAAUUCUGGGAAAACCUACCAUGCUAUGGAGAGAUUUCUUCAAGCCAAGUCUGGUGUGUACUGUGGACCAUUAAAGUUAUUAGCCACGGAAAUAUACCACAAAUCUAAUAAGCAUGGCACCUCAUGUGAUCUGAUUACUGGUGAGGAGAGACGUCAUGCAUCACUUUACAGCACAUUGACAUCUGAUGCUGAUGAGACAGAUACAGGAAGUGAUGUGUCAGAAUCUCUAUUGAUAGAUGAUGUGGAACUGACACCAUCCGCUCAUGUUGCUUGUACGGUUGAAAUGACCUCACUCAAUAAUACAUAUGAAGUAGCUAUUAUAGAUGAAAUACAAAUGAUUGGAGAUAGAGGCAGGGGAUGGGCGUGGACGAGGGCUAUAUUAGGUUUACAAGCAGAAGAAAUACAUUUAUGUGGUGAGGCUGGUGCUAUAAACUUGAUAGAGGAAAUAUGCAAUAUAACUGGUGAAGAAAUAGAGGUACGUUCCUACAAAAGACUAACAGAGUUAAAAGUGGAAGACUCAGCGCUGGGAUCUUUGGAUAACGUGAGGGCCGGCGACUGUAUAGUGUGUUUCAAUAAGAACGAUAUUUACAGUGUAAGUCGUGCCAUUGAACAGAGAGGUCAUGAGGUAGCCGUUAUUUACGGCAGUUUACCACCGGGCACUAAACUGGCACAGGCGAAUAAAUUCAACGACCCAGAGAGCUCGUGUAAAGUGAUGGUAGCUACUGACGCUAUAGGACUUGGUAUUAAUUUGAGUAUAAGAAGGAUAAUUUUCUAUUCGUUAAUAAAACCUGUAAUCAAUGAAGAUGGUGAUAAAGAAAUGGACGUUAUUAGCAUAUCACAAGCUCUGCAAAUCGCUGGUCGUGCCGGUCGAUACGGCAGCGCUUGGGAGACAGGUUAUGUGACAACAUUUAAGCCUGAAGACUUGGCAACUCUGAAGAAGUUACUGGCUCAGUCUCCAGAGCCAGUGACUCAGGCUGGCCUGCAUCCCACAGCUGAGCAAAUGGAGCUGUAUGCCUAUCAUCUACCUCAUGCUACUCUUAGCAGCCUUAUGGACAUCUUCGUCCAUCUAUGCACAGUCGACGAUUCUCUAUACUUCAUGUGCAACACGGAAGCGUUCAAGUUCCUCGCGGAGAUGAUCCAGCACGUUCCGUUGCCUUUACGUGCGCGUUACGUGUUCUGCUGCGCGCCUAUCAACAACAAACUGCCGUUUGUGUGCGCUACAUUCCUUAAGAUGGUGCGGCAGUACAGUCGCAACGAGCCAAUCACGAAGAACUGGCUCGCAAACACAGUGGACUGGCCGCUGCCUUCGCCUAAAACUAUUAUGGAUUUAGUUCACUUGGAAUCUGCUUUUGACGUGCUCGAACUCUACUUGUGGUUAAGUUAUAGGUUUCCGGACAUGUUUCCGGAUGUCAAGCUGGUACGCGACAUGGAAACAGAAUUGGACGCCAUUAUACAACAAGGAAUAUUCCAAAUCACAAGGUUGUUGAGAAAUUCGGAUCAAAUGCUACGCGAAGAAGAGACUGCAGACGCGUAUAGUGCGAGCAAGAGGAUAGCCAAAACUUUAGCGCCACAAUCGAAAGGCGACGAUGCGAAAGGAAAACUGUCGGAAAUGCUCGUAGCCAGAGGCCUAAUCACGCCACAAAUGUUAAAGAAACUUCAGCAGGAACUGUCAACAGACAAGAAGAUAGAUAGAACAAGGAAAAAUAGAAUAAAUUCAUCACUAACUUGUUUAAUUUCUUUAGCUUCUAGAAUAUUUGAUGUGAACGGUAUUGAAACGAUACUGGCUCUAGAAAAUGAAACUCUUACCAUAGAAUGCAAGACUGACAUGCCAAUGGCGUAUUGUGGAUUUAUUCACCCCAAUGGUAGCAGAUAUUCAUUUGCAGAUUCAACACUAACUGCGGGGCAUUGCGCUGUUAAACUAAAUGCCACAAAACGAGACGAGGGGCAAUGGCGAUGUCAUAUCGGCACUGCAGUCUCUGGGAAAACGGCAACUGGUGUGGAAAUAAUGCAGAGCAUCCAAGUCCGGGUGGUUGGCCACGUCGCAGCAAUUCAGCAGAAUAUCACCGCGGUUCAUGGAAAGCCAAUCACGCUAGCUUGUGCCACGACUAAACGAAUGACUCCACUGAGAUAUUGUCGUUUCGAACCGCCCGAUACUAAUAAGUAUAAACAUUUUGGCAUCGAUUCUGGGGUUACGGAAAAGAAUGCGAUUCUAAACCGCUUUUAUUUCCCAAGCAAUAAAAGUACGGAUCGUGGAGAUUGCGCGGUGACUAUAAAACGUGUGAAAUACGACGAUAUUGGCCUAUGGACUUGCGGCGCAGGACUUGAAGAUGGGAAGGAGCAUAUUGACUUCAUCAGCCUGGAGGUAGAAGGUUUCUACACAAUAUCAACAGCAUCAGCAACGGGCAUCACGUUCGGCGCCAUCGGAAUUGCAGUAGUGUUAGUGAUGUUGGGCUUCGUCGCUUGGAAGAAACGAAGUUUCCUAGUCGGCACACGUAGGGAAACACCACCGCCGGCAGAAGAACACGAGCUACAACAUUUAGAAGGCAGUCCGCCACGGUCGCCUCGGACGGGUAGACACGUGCCGCUGGUGGUGGUACAGUCACCGUCGGAAGCGAGCGCGUCGCCGGCGCAGGUGGAAUCUUAAAAAUUUGCCUAUAAAGAUAAGAUGAUUAGGACC